AGGAAGCGAAGCUCUCUUUUUUGCCUCUCAGUUUCCCUCCUUUUCCGCCCGCCCCUUUUCUCGGAGCCGCUGCGGCUUCCCGAACGAUUGGGGAUUCCCGAGCUUCAGGCGAUUGGUGGACUCGGAGGAAAGUCCUCCUUCUUCUCUCACCCCCCUCCCUCCGUCGCGAAUGAGAAGCGGUACUGAUUGCGGGGAGGAAGUUUUGGACCUUUCUCCCUGCCGUAGGCUUCUACACCGCGGCAAGUCCCGACGGGAUCUUCAGCAAGGACCGGCUCAGGAUUUAGAUGGAGCGGAGUUCGGCGGCAGUAAAUGCGGUGAAGCGCCUCCGGAGCCAGGCGCCGCCGAUGCACAAUAACAACCACCACCAUCAGCAGCAGCAAGGCCGACGGCGGUGGCAUCAACAGCAGCAUCAGGAGCCUCCGAAGCAACGCUGGGAAAAGGAAGAAGAUGAGAGAGACGGCAAGAAAAAGCCGGCAGGAAGAGGCGCGAGCUCCCUUCCGGAGCUGCUGACGGCGCUCGUGCUGGUCCUCUACUUGCUGGGUCUUCGCUGGCUCGUGCACCUUUCCUUCCAGCAGUUGGUGACGGGGACGAGCGACCCCGCGGAAUUCAACGCCCCGCGCGCCAGGAAAUAUUUAGAAAAUAUUACUGCAAUUGGUCCAAGAAUUGUUGGAAGUCCAGAAAAUGAAAUUUUCACUGUUGACUACCUCUUGAAACAAGUUAAAGCUAUUGAAAUUAAUCAUGCCCAUACAAUCUCUGUAGAUAUACAGAGGCCAACCGGCACUUUCAGUAUUAACUUUCUUGGAGGAUUCACCAGUUAUUAUGACAAUAUUACUAAUGUUGCUGUUAAACUGGAACCCAGAAGAGGAGCUAAACAUGCUGUGAUGUUGAAUUGUCACUUUGACUCUUUACCAAAUACUUCAGGUGCUAGUGAUGAUGCUAUCAGCUGUUCUGUAAUGCUUGAAAUACUGCACAUACUUGCAAAAUCGUCUGAACCUUUGCAACAAUCUGUUAUAUUCCUGUUUAAUGGGGCAGAGGAAAGUAUUUUACAGGCUAGUCAUGGCUUCAUUACACAACACCCAUGGGCCAAAUCCGUGAAAGCAUUUAUUAAUCUGGAGGCUGCUGGAGUAGGAGGGAAAGAACUUGUGUUUCAGACUGGACCUGAAAACCCUUGGCUGGUACAGGCAUACAUCUCUGCUGCAAAGCACCCUUUUGGUUCUAUCGUGGCUCAAGAGGUGUUUCAGAGUGGUGUCAUCCCUGCAGACACAGAUUUCCGUAUUUACAGAGAUUUUGGCAAUGUUCCAGGAAUAGAUCUGGCUUUCAUUGAAAAUGGUUACAUCUAUCAUACAAAAUAUGACACGGUGGAUCGAAUUUUGACAGAUUCUAUUCAGAGAGCAGGUGACAAUAUCUUAGCUGUGCUAAAAUACUUAGCAAACUCAGAUAUAUCAACCAAAUCUCAGGAGUAUCGACACGGAAAUGUUGUCUUCUUUGAUGUUCUUGGCAUGUUUAUUUUGGCUUACCCAGCUCGUGUUGGUGCCAUUAUGAAUUGCAUCAUUGCGUCAGUUGCCAUGCUUUAUCUCGGCAAAAAAGUUCUACAGCCAAGAAAAAGAGCAAUUAAUUAUCUGAAGGAAUUUGCCGUUGCUUUAGGCUUUAUAGUGCUUGGUGUCUUUGUCACCUUGACUGGCAUCCUUCUUGUGGCAACGUUUAUUUCUCUUAUUGGACAAUCUCUUUGCUGGUAUACCCACUACUAUGUCUCCUAUUUUCUCUACGGAUCUGCAGCUCUGGCUACACUGAUUUUUGUGCAUACAUUAGCCAAGAAAUUUUAUUAUAAACAUACAAAUGAACAGUUCCUAGGAGAACUCUUCUUUGAUGUCCCACUUGCAGUUUGGUCUAUUUUAGGGCUUCUGCUUACUUACCAGGGAAUUUCCUCUGCAUAUCUUUGUGCAAUAUGGGUAGCUUUUCCACUCCUCACAAAACUAAUGACUUAUAAGGAAUUGAAAGAAAAAGGUGCUACAAUAAAAUUUGUAACUGUUUAUCUCCUGGGAAUGUUUAUUCCAUACCUCUAUAUAAUAUACCUCAUCCGGCUUGUAUUUGAAAUGCUAGUUCCCAUUAUGGGGCGCAGUGGUUCUGAAGCUCCACCAGACGUAGUCAUGGGUAUUUUCAUCGUUGUAAUGUGCAUAUUUCUGUCUUCCUAUUUGCUCAGCUUUAUUUAUCUGUCUAGAAGCACAAAGGUGACCUUAAUAUCUUUGACAACCAUCUUUAUAGUCACAUUCAUCCUUGUUUGCAGUGGAAUCUUCUUCCCUUUCAGUUCGGAUUUGGCAGACCCAAGGCCUAAGCGAAUGCUUUUUCAGCAUUUAAACAGAAGAUUUCAUAGCCUGGACGGUCACUUGGAAAAAAGUGAUUCUGGAAUAUGGAUGAAUGGGAUGGACUACACUGGGAUAUCACUCGUUACACCCCACCUGCCUGAGCUCAACGACUCUAUUGCAGCCACAUGUGAGGAAGGAUCCCCCCUCUGUGGGUUUCCCUGGAUUCUACCAGUGAACUACUUUUUUCGGAAAACAUGGUAUCUUCCUGCACCAGCAAUUACUCCCCGAAACCCUGUUCACUUUCAGCUUCUUUCCAAAGAGCAAACACAAUGGGAUUCUACAAAGCUAACCUUUGAAGUAAUAGGUUCAAGCCACAUGGCAUUUUAUCUUCGACUACAUCAAGGCUCAAUACUGUCCACUUGGUCUCUUGGAAAUGGAUCGCCUCUUGUUAAUAGCUUGAAUGGAGACUAUUUUGUGUAUUAUGCACGUGGGCUCCAUGCCAGGCCCUGGCACUUUUGGAUAGAGCUGAAGGGUUCGGACAAAUCCACGAAAGGAAUGGUCACCCUUGCUAUAGUUAACCAUUAUUUUUUUGGAGAAGAUCAAAAGUCAUCUCAGUUACAUGCUUUACUGGAAAGAUUGCCCAACUGGAUUUAUCCCUUAAGCUGGACUUCUACCUAUGACCAGUUUAUAUUUUAAUCUAGAAUUACAAAAAGGUCAAUUGUCUCUCAAUUGUUGGAUGCCACUUUUGUUCGUAGGGAGCUUGGGUGAGUUGGGAAAGAUGACAUUCCUGACCGAAAGAAAAACUAUGAGGAAUAAUUUAGCCACAAGUAUAUAUUAAUGGCAAUAUUGAUAAGACCGCUUUGGGAAAGGAGGUCUUGUGUUUCUUUAAUGCAAAAAAAAAAAAAAAAAUCACCAGUUUCUGCCACUUGAAUAGUCCCUAUCUGCUGACAUUAUAACAUGAAACUGCCUUUUGGAAAGUAGCUUUAGAACACCUGUUCUUGGCUUUUUGCAAUAAAAGGAGCUUUUGCACUGGAGCUACAAGCACAAAAUAACAUACUUUACUGCCUUUAAAUAACACAAGUGCUGCCUUGUGCUUAAUAUUUUGAUGUGUUCUCAUUGACUAAGGAAUUGUUGUAAUUAAGCACCGUUAAGGCUAUCAUGAAGAAUAUGGAGCUGUUAAUGGUAAUUGCUGCAAUAAUGAUAUUCAUUUUGAAUGCACUAUGUAAGUAAAGCUCUUUUAAUUAUAAUGCUAACAAACAUGAUGGUCAAUCUCACUGAAUUCUUAAGUUUGUGUGUUCUGGUUUUACUGUUUUUCCUUUUUUUUCUGAAUUCUUUUAUGUCUAUGAAAGGAAAGUCCAUAUUUACCUGACUUACGGCAAUUAAGCAGUAUAUGAGCAAAACAGUUGCCUGUUCAUCCAGUGUAAGCAUCUAGCACUAUACUUCUAAGCAGAGUCACCUUUCUGGUCUCCUGUACACACACAUAUUUUGUAUUUUGGUGAUAAUAUGCCCAUUAGUUAAUUACUGAACUGGUUACUUACAAUUAUUUUUAUUAUUUACCUGAUAUUUCAGGAGAGUGUCAUUUAUACUCCAUUGGAAGCUGCAAGUUUCUACAAAAUUAGGAAAACGUAUGGGGAAAAUCAAGUUGCAUUAUUGAUCCCUUGUCUAUGUGUAAAAAAUAUUAAUUACUUUUACCAAAUAAAUAGGAAUAAAUAAUUCCUAAGCCGGAGGAACUGUAAAGUUGAUAUGAGCCUCUCUGUUGAAGAGCGCUAAGGUUUUUUGUCUUCUUUCAUGGAGGCAGUAACUCUGGAGUCCUUGAGGGAACGCUCCAGGAGGUACUGAGUAGCCUGACACUCUUUCUCUGUGGCGAAGGGAUUCAUCCUUGGGGGAACGACAUCCAACCUCCCAAAUAUUAUCAUUGUAAUCUUUGCUGCUCCAGACCUGAAGACCAAAUGGGCAGAGAUGGAUGGGGGAAUUGAAGUCCCCUCUGACUGUAAAUGCAGGCCGACUGCCAAUCACCCAAAUUUUGAUAUUCCAACGACAGUAGCUUCAACACCUGGUCAUAAUAUACCAUUUAUUUAGCAGCACUGUAAUAUCCAAUGGUCGCUAAAUGAAUGGUUGUUAAGCAAGGAUCAUCAAGGAUCCCCUAUUUUACAAAUAAUUUGAGAAAAUAAUGCUGUUAUGAGGAAUUCAAAGUAAAAAAAGGAGAAUUGGUCAUUGCUGUUCCAUCCAUGUUCUAUAGAAUAGGGAUUGGAUGAGGCCAAAUUGGGCUCUUCCUUUUGCUGUAUAGUUGCUCUUUUAGUACCUUGUAUUAAGAAAACUGAACAGUGUUCAAAGAUUAGAAACCUCAGGGCAGAGGGAAAAUAAGUUUUAAAGUAAAUCAUUUUGCUAAGAGAGAAAGGAGGGAUAGAAAUUGGGAUCUGAUCUUAUUGGUUAGGGGUUUCUUGAAUUUUGGAAAGAUACCAUUUAAAUCUUUAUUAAAAAGUAUCAAAUGAAAACUACCCCAGCCAUUUGAUUCAUUGUAUUUUCUCCUCUGUGCGUCUAUUUUAGAAAAACUUUUUUAAAAAUAAUAAAUUAUUUUAUUGUACGGUAACUUGAAAGACAGCUUUUGCACACGGCCAGCUGGGUGACUUUGGGCUAGUUUCUCCCCGAGUCCUAGAUAUUGGAAACCACUUCUGAAAUCUUGCCAAAAAAACGUCAGGGACUGGAAAGCAUCCAAAAAAUAAAAUAAAAAAACUUAGGCGUGGUAAAGCAACAGAAGAGUUCCUGGUAAAUGGAGCAGCUUAAGUAGUUACGGAUGCAAGGUAACCACUGUUUGGGAACUGCAUUGGCUGCCACUUGGCUUCUGAAGACAGUUCAGAUCCCUGUUUGACCCUUUUAAAGCUCUACAUGACUCAGGGACAGGAAAUCUUAUUCAGGUUGAAUCUGAUUCGUCUAGUAAGAGAGAAGGGGAGGAGGGUUUCUUAUCUAGGGCAGUGUUUCUCAACCUUAGCAACUUUAAAGUGGGUGGACGUCAACUCCCAGAAUUCUCUAGCAAUUCCCAAGUUUGAGAUAUGUCAGUGAUAGGUCCCCUUCUUUGUAUCAGUUUAACCUGAUAGCCAGACAACCCCUUACGGCAUUUUCAGAGAGCUGUAAAAGCUCUUUAGAAAGGUCUUCGGAAAGGCAUUUGGGAACAGGUCAGAUUAGCUGCUGAGGUGAACACUGGAUCGACUAUAUAUAAUUCUAGUUAAUUUUUGUUUUUACAUUUAUUCUAUCAGUGCUGUAAUAACUGAGAAUCACCAGAAAUGUAGCUGUUAUAUAAAUUGCAAUAAGAACAUCAUUAUAGACUGGACUGUUCUUCAAUAUUAAAAAUUGGAAAGCCAAAAUCUCAGCAAUGUUCCAAGUACCAUGCACAGAUUUCUUCAAUCUUGAGAUCCUCCUUUUAGAGUUCAGUUUACAUAAUCUGCAGCCUUUGAGGCCAUGCUAUCAGGAAUUUAGGAGAGUUUCUGCACUAUUAUUGGAGAUUAAAUUAAGAAAGAUGAUGUUAGUAUUUUAAGUAAAAAAGCAAUGUUAUAUAAGCAUCUUGAUUAGUGAAGCUGCAGUGGUAUUUUAUGCAGUUCUUGGGAUUCAUAAUGGAAUCUGUUACGUUGCUACUAGAAUAUCAAAUCACAGGAUACUGAAUUGUGUUUGGCAGAAAGUGAUAAACAUAAAAGCAAAAGAGGUAACAUCUAGUUUAUAAUCACUUCAAGUAAAUGUGAUAAAGUAUUCAUUGAUUUGGAAGUAGCUUUUCAAUAUUUUCAAGUUUUAACAUUUGGUAUGACUGUCUAAAAAUUAUUUGUAGUUGUAAAUCAGAUAAGCAUUGACUUAUACUGAUUCAGUUUCUUAGAAUAUAUUGGGUAAUUAUAACAAGCUAGUUACAAAACCUUAUGUGUUAGAAGAAUGUUCCACUCCAUUAUGUGUGGUAGAAUUUAUGACUGAUGAAAAAAGUGCCUUUGUCUCAUAGUUGUCAAUGGGAUAGAAAUUUAGAUUAUCAUGUUAAAAGAGCUCAAUAAAUUGUCUGGGACACUCAAAUGUC